AUGAAGAUUCUCACCAAGCAAGAAGAAGAGGCCCACUACGCUGAAGUCGUCAAGGGCGGCCUCAUUGGCGGAACACUCUUCCUUGGUCUCGGUCUUGGAGGCGUAUACUACGCAUCUAAGCGCUACCCAACCUUCCGAGGCCUCACCCUCCCCUUCAGAGCAUUCCUCGUCACAUCAACGGGUACAUUCGGCGCCAUCGUCAAUGCAGAAAGAUGGAGUAUCGCAUAUCAGAUCGCUCAAGACCCCAAGCGCAACUACCAAGAUCAAGCAGCGCGCACAGCACAACUCAUCCGAGAAAAUGAGUCAGCAUAUGAGCGUUUCAAGUCAUAUGCCAAGGAAAACCGAUAUCAGAUUGUUUUCGCCUCGUGGUUGGCGUCAAUGGGUAUUGCAUUUGCGAUUGUCAGUCGACAGCCUAUGAACACUGCGAACAAGGUUGUGCAGGCUCGUGUUUAUGCACAGGGCUUGACGUUGGCUGUGUUGCUAGUGUCUGCAAUUUUUGAGGUCAACGAUCUCAAGAACGGUGAUAGCAGAUGGCAGACCGUUCGGUACGUGGACCCCAAUGAUCCUACGAAGAUCAUCGAGAAGAAGGUCCACAAGGAGGAGUAUGAGGGUCAAGACCUCUGGAAGGAUAUGGUCGCUGCUGAGGAGCGAAGACUUGCUGCCAAGAAGCAAGCUUCUGGACAUUAA